UGUCGAGGGACGAAAACCUGAUAACCUCGAACCAGGAUUUUUCUAACCAAGAAAUUAGAGAAGAAGUUAGAGAGACUCCAGUAGUAUUAGGUGUUGUGCAAAAUGUAGAGAAAAUUAAAAGAGAAUUAUUAAAAGAGUGCAAUCGUCGUGCGUACCUUGAUGGUACAUACUUUUCACCUGAUUUAUACAAAUCAUCUCUCAUUGGCACGAUAGUUGGCAUAUGCCAAUUAUGUAAGAAAGAAAAUAAUAAAUUUCAUACCACCAACGGUUCACUGAAGAUUCCCUCGAACUACGUGUCACACAUUAAGAAAGUUCACAAACACAAGCGUGACGAAUAUGAAGAAUAUGCUCAACAAAAAAAGAUAAAAGUUAUUCAUGAAGCCGAGCAGUAUAAGACGUACUGCCAUUUUUCUCAGGCACAGUUUUUUCCUUUUUUUUUCCUUUGAGGAAAACGUGAUAAAUUACAUCCUAGAAAACAUCGUUCCUUUCAGCAUUGUGGACUCGAAAUCAUUUAGAAAAAUAUUUGAUGAUAUGGAAAUUAAAAAAGGUGGCAAACGUCUUACUCAUCUAUCUGCUCGAACUGUCGAACGUAGGAUACACGAAACAUUUAAAGAGAACAUUUCUUCUAUCAAAAAAAUGAUUAGUGAAACUGAACACGUUUGUACGACAGCAGAUGUGUGGUCUUGUCAAAGUCGACGAUUUUUAGGAAUGACUGUUCAUUGGAUUGGCAAGCAAACGAUGGAACGUAAAUCAUAUGCAAUAGCAUGUCGAAGAUUCAGUGGCACACAUUCAUACGAUAGAGUCGCUCGUUUGAUUGAAGAUAUCCAUACUUCAUUUGGAAUUAAUAAGAAUAAAAUAAUUGCCACAGUAACAGACAACGGAUCGAAUUUCGUGAAAGCGUUUCGCGAAUUUGGAGUCAAUUUAAAAGAAAUUUUUGAUGACGAAGAGGUCGGUACUAACUUUGAGACAAAAUUAGAAAACGAAGAGCAUGCUGAACUCGAAUUAUUUGAAGAGAAACCUAAUAAUCAUUCAGAAGAAAUAUUACCACAGCAUUUUCGUUGUGCUAGCCAUACUUUGAAUCUUCUGGCUACAAGUGACGUAAUUUCGCUCAUAAAAUCAUCAAAAGAAUUGAAUUCAGCUUACACUCAGAUGAUGUUUGAACGUUGUAAUGAGCUAUGGAAUUUGCAACUUUCUCCAAAAAAAUAUGAAAAACUAAAAGAAGUUCUUGGUCAGAGUUUGAAAAG